UUUACGCUAAGUUCUUUUUUGGUUUAGAAAAAUAUCCGAUACCUUGCCAAGAUGGGCUGCACUACCGGUUGCAUCAAGUGUUUUCUCAACGCCCUUAACUCCCUGAACGCGCUUGUGGGUCUAGCACUGAUAGCCAUAGCCACAAUAAUCCUGGGCCAAGUACCUCUCGCUUACAUCGUUUUCGUGUACAUUUUGGGCGGCUUGAUCUUCGUUUCGGCCAUUCUGGGCUGCUGCGGCAUCUGUCAGGAAAAUGUCUGCAUGACCGCAACGUAUGGAUUCAUCAUGCUGGCACAACUGAUAUUUGCUCUCCUGGGCACCUUUGGCUUCAAGUUCAACGAGGACUACAUACGGAAAUUUGCAUCCGAGGAGGUGCAGAAGAUGUGGGAUCUGGAGCUGGUCGAACCGGGCGCCAUGGACCAUAAUCAGAUAACGUACGAAUGCUGUGGGCGUAAUGGACCAGAUGACUAUGUGAUCAUCGGUCGCGCCACCUUGCCCACCACGUGCUACCCCAAGGGGAACCACGAGCUGCCGCACUUCACCACAGGCUGUGCCCAAGGUUCCAGUGACAAUUUCCUGAUGCUCUUCAACUACGCCAGCAACUCCAAUUGGAUUUCCGUGGGCAUUACCGCCCUGAUGAUUCUCGGUGCCUUCUAUCUGGUCGGACGCUUCCGCAAGCAGCGCAGGCGCUAUCACUACUAAGGAUUCCCCGAUCCGAUCUAAUUUCUCAGUCUGAUUAUUGUGUUAGAAUAAACUUGGCUGAAGCUGCCAUUCCAUUCCCCGGUGGAGGGACUGAGCUAA